AUGCCGAAUAGGAAGGUCGUGAUAGCUGGUGCGGCUUUUAUUUUCAUGUAUUUACUAACUGAAGACCGCAAAAGUCGGAAGCGUCGAUGGUGGAAAACUAAUUUGUAUAAAAGAAGAUCUUCUUUACUUGUGGAACUAAAAUCUCAACAUAUAAGUGGUCAAUAUAAAAACUUUACCCGGAUGUCGCCUACUGACUUCGAAUAUUUGUUAACAAUCAUUGCGCCUAAAAUAUCAAGACAAGACACUAUAAUGAGAUCUGCAAUUUCGCCGCAAGAUAGACUGGCUCUAACACUAAGAUUUUUGGCAACAGGAGAUUCAUUUACAAGCCUUCAAUACACCUUCAGAAUUUCAAAACAGUCAAUGUCUUGCAUUGUACCAGAAGUUUGUGAAGCGAUUAUAAAAGCAUUGAAAGAAAACAUUAAGCUGCCAAAAACAGAGUCAGAAUGGAUCCAGAUCUCAAACAGAUUUGAUGAAUUGUGGAAUUUUCCCCAUUGUGCCGGAGCCAUGGACGGUAAACAUGUCAUUCUCGAGGCUCCGGUACAUAGUGGCACAGAAUAUCGUAACUACAAAUCUAAUUUCAGUAUAGUGAUGUUUGCUUUAGUAGACGCGGAAUAUAAUUAUAAAUUUCUGGAUGUCGGAUGUCAAGGCCGCAUUUCAGAUGGUGGAAUUUUUAAGGAAACUGAAUUAUAUAAAAAACUAGAAAAUAAUUCGUUAAGAUUGCCUGCACCUGAAGCACUGCAAGGUAGAAACAAAGUAGUACCAUAUGUUUUUGUAGGAGACUCUGCCUUCCCUUUACAAAACAAUAUAAUGAAACCCUAUCCAGGAGAAUACCCCAAGGGAUCGCCGCGAAGAAUUUUUAAUUACCGGUUAAGCAGAGCUCGCAGGAUUGUAGAAAAUGUAUUUGGUAUCACAGCAUCUGUGUUCAGAGUUCUACGAAAACCUAUGCUCCUUCAGCCCAAAACCGUGGAGACUAUAGUCAUGGCUAUUGCACACUUGCAUAAUUUUUUGAGAAACACGGAUUCAUCUAAAAACUUGUAUGCACCCCCUGGCUCACUUGACAGCGACCAAAACGGAAGAUUAUGUGAAGGUAGUUGGCGGAGAGAUUGUGAAAUGUCAUCUUUACUUCCAUUGAAUAAUGUACCUAGAAGAGCUGCCUCAACGGCAAAACAAAUUAGGGAUGAGUUUAAUGACUAUUUUAUGAACGAGGGUACAGUUUCUUGGCAGAAUACAUAUUGUUAAGUUUUUUUUAUCAAGUCGAAGGAAACUAGUUCAAUGCAGUUACCUCUGUGUUGCGUCGUUUCCUUGGAUUAUUUCGAUCUCCUAAAAAUGCCAGCGCCUCGUAAGCAAACCAUGUACUUUUGUACGUUUCAUCCCCACCUGUAAAAUAAAUUACAAUAAAUAAACAAUACAAUAGAAUAUAGUACAUAUAUGUAUAGUAAAAUAUAGUAGAAUAUAGUAAUAUAGUGGGUAUACAAUAGAAGUAAUAAUUGUACUAAUAGCAAGUAAGUGAUAAUACCGUAAAAACUAAAUUAAUAAAUAAAAGUGUGUAAUAUGUAAAGCAACAGAAAUUUAUAAUAAAACAUACCUUUUCCGGAACUAUGGCUCUUCUUUACUUUUCCUUUUUCUCUUCGAUGUGAAGCAAGCAAACUAAUCAUUUUGUUUUUGCAUUCUUCUACAUCUCUUUCCAAUGAAUGAGCAAUAUCACUCCAAGCAUCGUGUUUCAGAUUUUUUUAAUAGUAUUGCGGGUUUUUUGGAUCCCAAAUAACAGGUUUUUUUUUGAUACAAACUAAUAAGUUCAAGCGAUUGUUCGUCACUCCACAUCAUGAACGUACAUACGACACAACCGUCACGAACGCCGUCCAAACGAGCACUGCGAGCGUCUUUGUGUUCGCGCGAAAAACCGACAGCCGAUGGAUCAACCCCGAGCGCCGCGCGAGCGUUACAUGUAAUGCUCGUAGUGCCGUCCACACGUAGAAUUCGUGUUACAUUAUGUGUGGAUUACAUUACACGUUACACUCGUCUGGACCCGGCUUUACGCAGCCGCUAUUUCCAAGGCUUCCACCGAGCACUUUUGCCAGUUUUGCGACGCCCAAAGCUAGGAGGACGUUUGGGACCCCGCAGAUCUUGAAGUUCAACGUUAGCCACACAGAUAGUACCUCCAACACCGCUUCCACACUGCUCAACCAUUUCUACCCGGACAACACGCCGGACAGGACACGAAGACGACCUCCCUUUCGCGGUUGAAGAGGUUCGAGAAGCCCUCUCCCAUAUCACAAGGCAUCCGGUGAUGACCACUUGACCUCCGACAUUUGCAUAGAAACUUUUGACGCACUUCUUAACAGCCAUCUACAAUCGAUGCCUAGUUCUGGGCUACUUCCCGAAGCAAUGGAAGAGGGCAGUGGUCAAAAUUCUACCAAAACCUGGAAGGACCGACAUGGAGCAGCUCGGAUCUUACAGGCCGAUCGGACUCAUCCCGGUAUUCGGCAAACUCCUUGAAAAGCUGCUGGUGAAGAGGAUCACGUACAAGGCGGAAUGCCAGGAUACCCCUCUCUAGACUGCAGUUUGGCUUCCGGGAGAGACUUCUAAGCCUCACAAGUGAUCCAGGACAUUACGAACAGAUGGCACGACGGUCGACUCACUAUGGACAGCUAACAAGCCUAGACCGCGCAGACAGGCUCUGAAAAAACAGGUGGUAGCGGUGUCCUUGGACAUAAAGGCCGCCUUCGAUAACGGCUGGAAGCCGGCGCUUUUUAAGAGACUUAAAUACAUUAAAUGCCCCAAGAACCGCAUCGUCCAGUUAUGUUUCAGAUGGGGUCACCCUUGACUAUGUUGACUGCUCGGCAUCCAAAAAGAUGACCAAAGGCUGUGUUCAAGGGUCGGCCUGUGGCCCGGUCUUCUGGAACAUAAUUCUGGACGAACUCCUUACGUUGCCUCUACCCAGCGGUGCACAUUUUCAGGCUUUCGCCGAUGAUGUGCUACUGAUCGUUGGGGGUCGAACACGUGAGGAGGUGGAUCGUAUUACAAAUAUAUGCCUAGAUGUCAUCCGAUUGGGGGAGCGAGUGAAGCUGUCCUUUGGCCCUGAAAAAACCAAGGGAAUCUCAUUCACCACACGCACCCAGGAUGCUGAUAUCAUUAUGGAUGGAGUUAAGAUCCCAAUCUGCGACCAAAUCAAGCUCCUUGGAGUUAUUGUCGACAAGAGACUUAACUUCAUCCAUCACGCCAAGUAUAUUAUUUAGAAGGCCGCCACCAGAGUUUACAAAAACAUCUGCCGUUUCGUCCGGCCUACCUGGGGCGUCUCCCCCGAGAAUGUGGACUGUAUAUACAGGAGAGUUGUGACUCCCAUUAUCACGUACGCGGCGGGCAUUUGGGGAACCGCCGCUAAAUUUGCUUCGGUGCACAGAGCCUCCGGUGCCUCCGCUCCUUCCAGCGGACCUUUGCCAUCCGGGCCAUCAGAGGCUUCCACACUAUGUCUGCAGUAGCAGCGGACGCGCUGGCGCAAUUUCCCCCGCUGCAUGGGAGGUCCACACACUCCACUUACUUAAAACAACGGGUAAGUGGGAGGAGCUGCCAGACGACAUAAGUUUGUAUAAGCGCGUACCGGUACGGGAACUCCUACACCCAGCCGAGAGUAGGGUAAGGUGGUGUAAGAUUGCGUACUUUUGAAUCAUAAAAUGAAAAAUUAAAUCUUUUCUGAGAUCAAUCAUUUAUUCAGUCCAAUUCUAUUGGCUACAAAUUAGCAUACUAGUUUUAACAAAAAAAUAAACAAACUUCUAAGCAAUUAACAAAAAACCACGAGUCGGGAAAUGCGCAAUGUUAUAGUGUAAAAUUCCGCAUCCCCAUUUAUUUGCAUAAGUCGCAAAUAAAAGCUCCUGAGCCAUUGUAGUCUGAGCAAUUUUCGUGCCACCACACAUUGCACUUAUCACACGCGAUCCAGUCUUCUUAUAAAUUUCGCUCCUUAUAAAUUUCGCUGCAUCCUCCACACUUCCAAAUCUUUUUAUGGCUUGUGUUUGGUUUCUUAAAUGAUUUUUUCAUCUUUAUCGCGUUUGGUAGUACAUAUUUAGGUUUCUUUUUCGUUAACAUGGUAUGACUAAUAUCUUCGAUUCGACCAACAUAGUGCACAACAGUCUUUUUUGUAUCGAAUUUAACGAGCACAAAAUAAUUUUUUUAAAAAUUUCUGUCAAUCAUUAUUACUACAGAUGCCACGAAUAUUCGGCAACUAUUCGGUAUUCGGCCUAUUCGGCCACUUUUUUUGCUAUUCGUUAUUCGGCCGAAUACCGAAUACAAACAAAAACACGUUUUAUUACUCAAAAUUAUGUAUUUAUUUUUAAAUUAAAACAUUUUAGUAAUUAAAAUUGAUAAGUGGUAAAUUAUGAUGAAUAAAAACAAGCUUUUCAGCAUUUUUUGGUAACAAACGAUUACGCUUUUCAUCGUAAAUGUUACCAGCCUCAGAAAAUAACCUCUCACUGUACACGCUACUUCCAGGAGAGGAAAGAUAAACUUUGGCAAAUUUCGAAAGGUUUGGGUAUUGGUUUGCAUUUGCAAACCACCAAUUAUAAGGAUCGGCCUUCCGAUCUAGGCGAACUGUUUUCAAAUAAAAAUCCAACUCGUUUGCCACAACAUUUUUCUGCACAUCCUCCUCAUCAUUAGCAUUUCGCAUAUUACCUGUAGCAACUUCCUCAAAGCAAUUCCAGAAACUGUCGUGUAUUUCAAUAGUCCUAUCAUUUUCAUUCAAGUUUUUUUUCUUACGAAGUGGAGAAGAAUCGUCAUCGGUACUUAAUUCAUCACAACUUAUUUUCAGAGCUUCUAGAAGAAUUUUUUGUCUUGCUCUUUCUGCUUGAACCAAUCCUAGGAAACCCGUUUUGAAGCGAGGGUCCAGAAAAGUAGCAACCAGAUACUUAUUUUUUUCAUCGAAGUUGAAUCGUCUUUCAAGCUCGGCUUGCAGUGAAGAUCUUAUUGUUACUAAAUUUGGUACUUUCUCAGCUGUCUCUGCUUUUCCCAGAUAUUUUAAUAAAGUUACUGCAUGUGGAAUCACUUCUGAGAUGCAAGACAUACCUGAGCUGGUUAUUUUUGUAAUCUCUUCGAAUGGUUUGAGGAGUUUGAUACAUUGUUCCAAUAGUUCCCAUUGAGCAUGCAUCACAUUUAUUAAAGUUUCAUGAUCUGUUAUGUACAAGGAGACAGCUCGCUUUUGUUCUAAUAAAAGCUCCAUUAAAUAAUAAGUAGAAUUCCAGCGUGUAGUCACAUCCUGUACUAGUUGGUGGUUUGGCAAGUUAAGUUCUUGUUGAAUGGAUUUAAGUUUCUGCUCUGCUAAGCCAGAAUGAUUGAAAUGGGUAACAAUUCGUCUCGCAGCAGCUAUCAUCUGUACUACUUCUGGUUGAGAUGUUAGCGACUCCGCUAUAGCUCGUUGCAGUGAAUGAAUAAAGCACCUGCCUGAAUCAUAUCCUUCAUCUCGCACACCUUUUAUCAUAUUAGAGCCACUAUCAUGAACAAGUAAAUGGAUCUUAGAUUUGGGAAUAUUCCAUCUUUCUGCAAUAGCAUUGAGUUCUUUUGCAAUAUUGAUACCGAGAAUGUGAGCCGGGAAAUGAUUUCAUAGCUAAAACGCCAUGUUCCAAAAUGAACUCUGGAGAUAUCCAGUGCGCAGUGAAGCUCAGAAAACUCUCGUUGUUGUGCUGGCAUGUCCAUAACUGAUAAUGCUGCUGCCUGUGAAAUACUAGUUUCUAUUUUAGCACAAAUUCUUUUGUAGAUAUCGGGAAGAAUUUUCUCGGUCAUGUAAGUGCGACCAGGUACUUUAUAAUAGGGUAAAGCGUUUGCCAUAAGCCUCUGGAAUCCAACUCGUUCAACAAGUGACAAUGGUUCGUUGUCUAAAGCAAUCAUUUCGCCAAUCAAGUAAUUAUAUUUGAUUGAUUUUGGAUCAUUAAUGUCCCAGAGCAAUUUCCUUUCUGAUGUUUCCUUCAGGGUUAGCUGCCGUCCUUUUGAUCUGGACGUUCCAGGUACUGCUGGCAUCUUCGAAUCGGUAGAAGUAGAAGUACCGCCCGUGUUGCUGCCACUUGUCGAUGGAACAUUAAUUAAAGCAGCAUAUUGUUCUGCAUGUUUGGUUUUAAGAUGGUUUUUUAAAGAGGUUGUAGCUGUAAAUAAAAAAACUAAAAUUAAUUAUAAUGAAAUAUGUUAUUUUAUUUUCCUUGUUCAUUUUAUAGGAAACUAGCGGCCCGGCCCGGCUUCGCCCGGGUAAAUAAAUUAUACACCUAAACCUUCCUCAUGAAUCACUCUGUCCAUUCGUGAAAACCGCAAGAAAAUCUGUUCAGUAGUUUUGGAGUUUAUCGCGAAUAUACAGACAGACAGACAGACAGACACGGCCGGGGGACUUUGUUUUAUAAUAUGUAGUUAUCUAAUAAAUAUAAAUAAAUAAUUUCUCAUUAAACUUUAUUCCGAAACAACUUGGGCAAUAAAAAAUCGAUCUCCUUUCUUUUGUAAGUCAACAACAAGUAAGAUAGUAGUUUAAGACAAUUUAACCUCCUCCGAACGUAAACGUAAUAAGUGAAAAACUAUUUAAAACUAUUAAAUUAACUUACGGUUUUACUUACUUGCUUUCUUUCCUUCUCCGCCUCUUGAGAUCAUGAUGCUACAUAGCAAACACUGGGCCAGUUUAUUAUUUUCACUGGUAUUCGGCAAAUUCACUAUUCGUGGCAAUAGUGAUUAUUACAUCAUCUUCAUCUAAAUCUUCUGACGUUUUUUCAAGAAAUGAUCCCUCAGAACUGUCAGAGAAUAAAACAUUUUCUACAUCACUAUCACUGCUACUAAUUUUCCUUUUCUUUACUCUAUUCGAUGUUAGUUCUGGUGGAAAUUUAGGAAUCUGUUUCUUCUCUGCAUUUUUAAGAACCUUUUUUUCCUGCCAUUCUCUUUUAGUCUUGUUCUUGUUUUGUCUUUCUUGUUCUGCUAAUUCUAUCAGUCUCUUUUCAGGCGUGUCUGUUAAUAUCCUUGUUUUCCCUUUCUUCCUUGAAAAUUUAAUUUGUUUUCUUGGGCAAGCCUUUGGGUAUGGUCUCACUAUUUCAGGGGUUACAACUUCAGCGACUUCAAUUGUUAUUUGAUCUGUAGCAAAUGAUGAUGAAGAAUCAGCGACAGCAAUGUUAUUUAAAUUAACAGUCUCUGCUUCAGUUUGAUUUUCUCUUUCAGGUGGUUCUGGAAGGACUUGAGUUGAAGUUGGCUGGAUUAUAGGGUCAUUUCUGGACGAUAACUCUUCAUCAGUUACAGGUGCAUCGCGAUCAGUUACAGAAGAGCAAAGAAAAUCUUCAUCUAGAAUAUAUUUGAAUUGAAAGGCCAUAUCCCAGGUUUUUCAAAUCCUUUUUGUAUGUUUCAUUCUUUCUCAUCAGACCAAUGCCAACUUCUUUACAAAAAUCUAAGACUUCCACAGAAAUAUGGGUCUCAUGAUUAUCAAGGAUGGAUUUUCAGGCGUUGGUUUUGCAUGUUUCACAAAAUGAUGCAUAUAUUUUAUGAAAUUUGAAGAUGUCAUCCACCCCGAUGGAUGUGUUGAGAUCCAUCUGACCCAAUGGGCGCAUCUUGAAGCAUGUAGGGUUUGAAACUUACUCUUGGGAAUAUGAAGUAUGGAGGUAUUGAAUUCCCAAUAGCAUUGAUUCCACAGCACACUGUGACAAGUGAACCUCUCUCUGCAGAUGUUGCUUGUCUAACUUGUUGCGAGCCUUUUGAUGCAAUCACUCUUUGUGUGCGCUGAACCGUCGUCAAUCCUGUUUCAUCUAUAUUAUAUAUUGCUUCGGGACCAAAAUGAUGUCGCUGAAAGACCGUUUUCAAAUUUUCGAAAAAAUUAUCUACAUUUGUUUUGUUGAAACUUGUUGCACGUGACAAAGAUGUAGGGGAGACCGGGGUUGGAAGUCACAUUUUUAAAAAUAUUCAUUUUACUACAAAAGUUUACCAUUUGCAAAUGACGAUUGUUGACCAAUUAAUAAAGUAACUAUAGUAAUGUAUAAAAAAGUAAAGUCUCUUUGUAUAUUAUUAUCUGUUAAGCAAAAAAACAACAUUUUUCUGAAAGAGAGAAGUGUGACUUUUAACCCCGAGUCUGGGAUGGUUGUCACAGUAUAUGGGGUAAGAAGUCACAAAUAAAAUUACAUAGAGUUUAUGAGAAAAAAGACACUUAUUUGAAUCAAAAAAGUAUUUAUUUUAAUAACAAAUACAGGCAGUAAUCUUUAACAUACGUAUAAUUGCACUCAACAGGUUUUUUUAUUUGAAAUUAAAAGCUUAACAUAAAAACAAUCAUUAUUGUAAGUUUUAACCUAGUCACUUUGGCCUCAGGUCAUUAUUAUUUGUACGUUUUAUUAUCAUAAUCAGUCAUUUAUCUCUUAUGUAGCUACUAAUCAGUCAUUAGACCAAACUGUUAUUCUGCAUAUUACUCUGAAUAGGUAUUCAGAGUCAUAAUUUACCAAACAAGAGGAACUUAAACUUGCUUUAAGCAAAUAUAAUAUUUUUAAAUAUACUUAACACUUAUUGUUAUUAGACCUCUCUAAGAAAACAAAAAAUAACAAAAUAUAAAAUAAUAGUAACCUAUUUAUAAGCAAAUAUUUGGGACGUUUUUUUAAUCAGUCAGUGACUUACAAAAUAUGUUUUUAUCAAAUAUCCUUAACCUAAUGAAGUUAUGAUCAGUAUUCAUAUCAGUCUGAAUAUUCUGAGUCACAAUUUUGACAAAUGUAAUUUGGUAGUCCAGGCGUGCAUUCUUCAUGGGCCCAAAGCUUGCAAUCCUGACAUUGGACCCAUACUUCUCUAGACCUGCUAGCUGAGUAUGGCGACAGACACACUAAACAGAAAUAUUCAUUCUCAAUUUCACUCUCUUGACUGUCAACAGAUUUCCUCCUUUUCUUAUUCCCUUUAGUAACUCUUUUCUUUUCAUUUUUCUCACUCAAAACUCUUUUCGAUACUUUUUUUUUCUUCGCAUCUUGUUCCUUUUUUUUCUCUUUUAAAUAUGUCUUUUCCGGUGUAUCUGUUAGGAUUGCUGAUUUACAUUUUCUUUUAUCAGCUCGUUGCAAUUUGCGUGGAGGUGCUUUUGGUAGUGGUUUCAAAAUUUGGGGUGAUACAGUCAGAAAAGUUCUUACACCACUUGGACCAGGUAUCGCCAUGGACUCCUCUAAAACUUGACUCUGACGUGUUGCUUCUGGCGUCAUUGCACGAUCAACAAAGUCAUUAUUAUCUUCUGGCAAUGCAGGGUUAUCAAGAAUAGAUGGACUUGCAACAGGUUCGUUAGGGCUAGUGUUGUUGUCUUCAGUAGGACAAUUAUGUGAUGAAUUGUCGAUGACAUUGGGAACAAUCUCAUUAUCUUGAACCGUAAUUAAUGGUCUAUCCGUGACAGAAGAUGGCAUAUAAUCAUGCUCUUGAAAUAUGUCUCUAUUGAAUGGACAAAUCCCGCAGGUUUUAUAUCCUGCGACAAUAUUGGAUGGAGUUGCUGCCAAUGGAAAAGCCUGUGCAAUUAUGCCUGGAAUUUCAUAAAUCGUCAUAUGCUGUCCAGGGUGAUUAAUCAUCCAUUGAUCCAUAGCGUUGUUAAUAUACUUCUUCAACGGACCGUAAACUGACCUGUCCAAGGGUUGUAGGCGGUGUGUGCAGUGAGGUGGAAAAGAUAACAUCACAAUGCCAUUUUCCUUUGCAAAGUUUAGUCCUUCAAUGGAAAGGUGGGAGUUAUGAUUGUCUAACAGCAAGAGACAUGGUUUCUCCUUGGUUGAUUUUACGUGAUUAUGAAAAUGCUUCAGGAAAUCAACAAAUAAUUCUUCCGUCAUCCAACCAGAUGGAUUACUGCCUCCUUUACAGCCAAUUGGUCCAUCUCGUAUAAAAUGUUCUUUGAAGUGAACCCUCGGAAAAACAAAGUAUGGUGGAACUGAAUUACCAACUGCUGAAACAGCAGCAGCUAAGGUUACUAGUGUGCCUCUUUCUGCUGAGGUUAUAGCACCGACUUGUUUGAAACCCUUUUUAGCAACAACUUUGUUUGGUUUUUGGACAGUAGUUACGCCAGUUUCAUCCAUGUUCCAUAUGUCAUGAGGCUGAAUAUUAUUUCGUUUAAUUACUGAUUCCAGGUUAUCGAAAAAAUUUUGGACAUUAUGGGGAUUAAAGCUUGUAGCACGAGCUAGACUGGUAGCUUCAGGUGUUCUAAUAGACAAAGUUGGGUGUCGCUUCAAAAAUGAUGUAAACCAGUCAGCGCCAGCUAACUGGUUUGAUUCCCAAGACUUUGGCACCUUCAAUUUAUUAGACACAGCAAGCUGAAACGCUAUUUUCCGAACUUCUUUUGGUGACAGUCCAAAAUAAACGCUUGAAGCCAAAAGUAAGUAGUUUUCCAACUCUGCUUCUUGUUCAUCGUUAAAGACCUGACGAUUCUUUUGAUAGCCUGUUCUUGUAGAAGGUGUUGAUACGGACAUGUUACUAAUCUCUUCGGCAGUAAACUUUUUACAAUACCUCGUUAAUGUGCGAUAAUUAAUUCCAAAAUCCUUCGCAACAGACCGUAUGGAUUUGUUAUACGAUUUUACUUCUCUGGCAGCACGCAGCAUCAAUCCUGGUGGAACUAAUCCUCGAGUAGUCUUCCUCUUGUAAACCCUUGGCAUAUUGGAACUGGUACUGAAAUAAACAAAGUUAGUUAGUUGAAUUAUAUAGCAAUGUUCUAAAACACACAGCAAGCAUGUAUACUUUGGGGCAGGUUGUCACAUGUGACAACCUGCCCGCAAGAACGUGAGACAACCUGCCCCAAAA